AUGCCAGCUGCUCCCGACCCCACGGCUAAGAAAGGUGACAUUGUAGACAUCAAGGGAAUGGGUACUGUUCAAAAAGGAAUGCCAUAUAAAUGUUAUCAUGGCAAAACUGGAAGCGUCUACAAUGUUACCCAGCAUGCUGUUGGAGCAGUUGUAAACAAGCAAGUCACGGGCAAGAUUAUUGCCAAGAGGAUCAAUGUGUGCAUUGAGCACAUCAAACACUCCAAGAGCCGGGAUAGCUUCCUGAAACGGGUGAAGGAAAAUGAUCAGAAGAAGAAAGAAGCCAAAGAGAAAGAUACCUGGGUGCAGCUGAAGUGCCAGCCCGCUCCACCCAGGGAAGCUGACUUCGUCAGAACCAAUGGGAAGGAACCUGAGCUACUGGAGCCCAUUCCCUAUGAAUUCACAGCAUAACAAAUGAAAGCAAAAUAAAAGACCUCUAGACUCUUGAAAAAAAAA